GGAUGGCAGAUUUGCGUGAGGCAGUGCUUUCGGACGAGACAAGGCUCCUUUGGCAUGACCUCUGGAAACAGCUGGUGGCAAGAUUUGGCAGUAUCAGGGAUGCAUUGAGAAUCUUGGAGAGUUGUGUGCACUCUCCAGAAUGUCAUGUGGAUGAAGACACUUUUGCCAAUUGGAUGGAGAGCUGGAGCAUCUGCAGAGAGGAGGCUGCAGAGUAUUUCGACUUCUUGAAGGGUGCAGAAUGCUGUAACUCAGAUGGCUCCAAUGAAUCCAAUCUCCUGGAGAAGCUGAAGAAUUCGCUUCAUUCAGCUGCACCGAAAACGAGUUUGGAGGAUUUUUGGCAACGGGUUGCUGCAGAAUGGCCGGAGCUACUCGAGGCCGCACAUGCCAAGUCAGCGCCCGGACAGUUGGCUGAUCUUCUCUUAGAGCUUUUGCCUAUGGAGAUGCGCUUGAUCAUGAAACAAAUGAGACAAGGAUCGAGACAAGGAACUCCAAGAAAAGUGUCCGGGUCUCACAAGAGGCCGCAAGUGACAGAACACAGUACCUCGGGGAAUGUGCAGUCACAGUCACCUCUUUCUUUGCUGAGUUUGGAUUUGGAAGCUUUCACAGCUCUUGCCAUGCACAUCGAUGUCUCACCAGAAAACUCCAAGGAGCUUUUUGAAAGCAUAACUCGCUCAGCUUCAGUAGCACAGUCUGAAGAUGUCGUUCCUGAAGCUCAAAUCUACUUGGAUGACUUUGCUGAACAGAUGAUCCUUUGGACUGAGGGGGUUGAUCGCCGCGGACCCAUGAAGGAGAAGAUCCGCUUUGCACCCGUGCGUGCUGUGAUCUCUGCAUUGAAGGCAGAACUGCUUCCUGCAGCUCCACCGAGCGAAACGCCGGAGUCUACAAAGGCGACGAAACUUCCCAAGGAUCGAAAGGAAAAGAAACAGCGACCGCAACUCCCUUGGUGCACAUAUUACCACUUGCGCCCCAAUCCAGUGCCAACUGCCCUAACUUAGGCCGUCAGUAAUUGGCCGUCCACUUUGGCCAUUGGCCAGACCAAGAUGUCAAACAUUGACCUUGGUAAAUCCUGAUUGGUGACAAUCACCAUUCGAUGUCAGAUGCUUUGUAGACUGCAAAUCUGCACAAAUCUGCACAAAAGAGC